CUCUUGCUGGUCAUCUGCCCAUCCACACCUUAAAGCCAGCAUGGCCCGAAGCAAAGUCAGUCCAGUGAAUGGCAACAACAAACACGACAGUUCUCUCCAACAAUACAAUGAUACUGAUGGCCAUUUCUCCCUAGUCAGAAACUUCCGUCUAGCUGAUCUUGUUACCAUUAUGAACGGUGUCUGCGGCUCUUUCUCGAUAUUUUCAUCUGCACAGUACCUAUUAACGAACGAUGAUGAUUACUUGUUGUGGGCACUUGGUCUCCCACUGGCCGGAUUGAUGUUUGACUUCAUGGACGGUAAAGUCGCGAGGUGGAGAAAAUCAUCCAGUAUGCUGGGCCAAGAACUUGACAGUCUUGCAGAUCUGGUAUCAUUUGGUGUUGCACCUGCUGUGGUUGCUUUUGCUGUGGGCCUUCGGACGUACCUUGACACUGUAUGUUUGACUGGUUUCAUAUGUUGUGGUCUCGCUCGUCUCGCCCGCUUCAACGCGACUGUUGCGUUGAUCCCUAAGGACGCAGCAGGCAAGUCCAGGUACUUCGAGGGCCUUCCAAUCCCUUCGUCUCUGGGACUUGUCGCGAUUCUGUCAUACUGGGUUCGACGAGGUUGGGUUGAGGGCAAACAGGGGAUACCAGGAGGUCUCAUUACGUUGUGGGGAACACCAGGUGGCCGUGGGGAUAUUCACCCUGUCAGUGUUGUUUUCGGUUUAUGGGCAGCCGCAAUGGUCAGUAAAACCCUUCGAGUUCCAAAGUUGUAAUGUAGGGUAGUAGUUUUUUACUACUCCUGCUGGAGCACAUUAUGAUAGGGCACGGAUACUACGCCUAUAUACAUGUAGCGAUGAUUACUUACUUAAGGACUCUGAUAGUACGCGACUUGCAAUUGACUUGCAAACGAUGUUUUCAUGCCGUA